GGUCAGGAUCUGGCAGAGGAGGUUUCUCAGCCGGUUGCGUUGGGGCCUGCUCGAGGGUGGGGCUGAGAAAGGUCACCAGGCUACUGCGGAUCCUGUGUCUGAUUUCAGAUUCCCUUUUCCCAGUUAUAUCUCCACUUUCUCGGGACAGGAGGGGAGCAAAAGGGUGCAGAAGUCAGGUCUUGAAAUCACCUGGGGAUUUCUGGGUAAGGUGGGUGGAGAGAAAGGGGAACAGUAAGCAGGGCUCUGGCAGCUGCUGCAGAGGGCUUCACACAGAGACGCCGGCUGCCACCUUGCUCCAAGUGAAAGUGAAAGAAAAAUCCACAGCAGCGGAAACAGAAGAAAUCCAAAGGCUUCUGGCUGGCCAGGGGUGCUUGGAGAGCCCCCCUUCUCCCGCCAGGCCUCACAAGCAGCGUAGGAGUGCGGAGAAGGGUGGUGGGCAAGGAGCCUCCAUGGGCACAGAGGAGAGCUGGUGCCUGCUGCUCUGCCUGGCUCUAUCUGGAGCAGCAGAAACCAAGCCCCACACAGCAGAAACGCAGUGGCGGGCAGUGGACGUGGUCCUAGACUGCUUCCUGGCGAAGGACGGUGGGCACCGUGGAGCUCUCGCCAGCAGUGAGGACAGGGCGAGGGCCUCCCUCGUGCUAAAGCAGGUGCCAGUGCUGGACGAUGGCUCCCUGGAGGACUUCACCGACUUCCAAGGGGGCACGCUGGCCCAAGACGACCCAACUGACAUCUUCGAGGCCUCAGUGGACCUGGUCCAGAUUCCCCAGGCGGAGGCCUUGCUCCAUGCUGACUGCAGCGGGAAGGAGGUGACCUGCGAGAUCUCCCACUACUUUCUCCAGACGAGAGAGACCACUGUGGAGACAGCAGCUUGCUUCAUGGCCAACGUGCAGGUCUCUGGAGGAGGACCUAGCAUCUCCAUGGUGAUGAAGACUCCCAUAGAUGCCAAGAAUGAUGCUUUCUGGCAUCCGACGCUGAACUUGCCCCUGAGCCCCCAGGGGACUGUGCGAACUGCAGUGGAGUUCCAGGUGACGACACAGACCCAAUCCCUGACCUUCCUGCUGGGGUCCUCAGCCUCCUUGGACUGUGGCUUCUCCAUGGCACCAGGCUUGGACCUCAUCAGUGUGGAGUGGCGGCUGCAGCACGAGGGCAGGGGUCAGCUGGUGUACAGCUGGACCACAGGGCAGGGGCAGGCUGUGCGGAAGGGCGCUACCCUGGAGCCUGAGCAGCUGGGCAUGGCCAGGGAUGCCUCCCUCACCCUGCCCAGCCUCACUAUACAGGACGAGGGGACCUACGUUUGUCAGAUCACCACCUCUCUGUACCGAACUCAGCAGAUCAUCCAGCUCAACAUCCAAGCUUCCCCCAAAGUACGACUGAGCUUGGCAAACGAAGCUCUGCUGCCCACCCUCAUCUGUGACAUUGCUGGCUAUUAUCCUCUGGACGUGGCAGUGACGUGGACCCGACAGGAGCUGGGCGGAUCCCCAGUCCAAGUCUCUGGUGCCUCCUUUUCCAGCCUCAGGCAAAGCGUGGCAGGCACCUACAGCAUCUCCUCCUCUCUCAUCGCAGAACCUGGCUCUGCAGGUGCCACUUACACCUGCCAGGUCACCCACAUCUCUCUGGAGGAGCCCCUUGGGGCCAGCACCCAGGUUGUCCCACCAGAGCAGAGAACAGUCUUGGGAGUCAUCGUUGCCAGCAGCCUCUUCCUUCUUGCACUGUUGUUCCUGGGGCUUCAGAGACGCCAAGCACCUACAAGAGUUGGGCUGCUUCAGGCUGAACGCUGGGAGACCACUUCCUGUGCUGACGCACAGACCUCCCACCUCCAGGAAGACCGUGCAGCACAUGUAAGCCAGCCCAGCUGACCUGAAGUGACAUGAGAGUACGAGAAAGCAACGACACCCUUCCCCCCAAGCCCCCCAACUACUCCCACCCAAACAACAGCCAAGCCAGUUUAGUGGUAGGAAUUUGUAUUUUUUGCCUUUGUUCAGAAUACAUGAAAUUGGUAAAUAUGCCACA